AUGGCAUUAUUUUGCAAACCCUUCGCGCUAUCGUUGGCUAAGCCAAGCCACGACGUCGCCGGUGAGGCAUUCUGCGACGCUUUCCGCUACCUGGAAGUGGAAUUUACGGGUAACGCCAAGGCUCUUGCUUGGCUGAAGACAGUCAAGGCGACUUCCAUGGAUGAGUUGGUCAAAAAAGGCCUCGCGAAAUGGGUCCAGGGACUCUCGGUCAGAGUUUUGUACUAUGGGAAGAUACUAGACACUCUGUCACAACACCAUCCCGAAUACGUCUCUCUAGUUUGGGGAAUGAUCAAGUUCGUAUUGAUGGGCGUCAUUAACCAUGGAAAUCUUGUUGUGCAAUUCUCAAGGGCACUGACGAUGAUCGCUGAUGUGCUGCCACGAGCGAAGCUAAGCGCUGAACUAUACCGCACCAAAGACAUGAAAGACGCCAUUGCGAGUUUAUACGCGCACAUAAUAUUGUUUCUAAAACAGGCUAUAAAGUGGUACAAUGUUGGCCCGGCUGGCCGUGCUCUCACUGCACUAUUCAAGCCAUUCGAACUACGUUACAAAGACACCGUUGAACAGAUUGAGCAGUGCGCCAAGACCAUCGACGAUCUGGCUGGUAUUUUAGUCAAGGCCGAGGUCCGCGAAAUCAGUGUUUCUCUGCAUGACCAGAGUCAGAGAAUGAUUGCAAUGGAGACCAGAUUGCAGGAGAUGCAGACCAGGUUCGAGGCUUCGCAUGCAGAUCUCACUGUCGCUGUAGGAAAAGUCCUUCAGUCUUGGAGCACUAGCUCGCAGAAAAUUGAUCAGAUUCAUGUAGAUGUGAGGUACAUGAAGCCUCGUAUCGGGGAAAUGCAUCUCAAGGAUAUGCUAGACACCAUGAGGCCCAAUAGGUCACCAGAGGAAUCUCUUCAGCGGCAUAGAUCAAUCAUUCGAAGAUCAUCUACAUGGCGAAGCCGGAACCAAGGCACACUUCAUAUUCUGCAGAUCAUAGGACAAUGGAUCACCAGUCCCCAAUCCUCCUUGCUCGUUCUGCGAACCCAGCCAAGAGCACAGGCCCAAGUCAAAGAGAUAGCCACGGAAGUUAUCGGGCUGUUGCGACCACGGACUGAACAAGUCAUAUGGUACCUCUCGGCUACCAAUAUUGACGAAGGCGACAUGGCUUGCACGGGAGAGGUGCUGCGGAACUUAGCAUUCCAAUUGAUGAAGCUGGCUCCAGAUCUAAUGAGCUCGGGUUCCGAAAACCUGAGUAUAACCAAACUAUCUGCUUCGCAUAGCGAAGAUGAGUGGCUAAACCUAUUGUGCUGGAUCCUCGGACAUCUCAGCUCAUGUUUCGUUAUCGUUGAGGCCGAGGAUGUAUCCAAGAAUGAAGGGGACUCUGGAAAGCUCAUGGAGCUACUCCAAAGACUCGAAAAGCGAUUCAAUGAGAUGAGGACGGUUGUGAAGCUGCUCGUUGUCAGUUACAACAGUUCUUGGCCCUCUGAUCGGACAUCAGCCAAGGUUGUUGAUGUUCAGUGGGAGCAGCCGGUUCCAAAACGGAUGAGAAAACCCGGGCCUCGUUCUAUCUUUCGCGGUUCCUCUUGGGAUAGAGUUGGGCGUUCAGGUUAA